AUGUUCUCGGAAAGAAAUAAACAAAUGAUGAGUCCGACGCAAAUAAGUCCCUCCGGGAAUAAAGAAUAUUUCAUUGAUCGCGAUGGUCAUGUUUUUCGUUAUAUUCUGCAAUUCUAUCGGACGGGCAAAAUUCCCUGGCCUGAUCAGAACAAUUAUGAUGGAGGAGGUGUCGGAGAUUUACCCACUAAUCAUAUAGGUCGUAGUCUGGUUACAGGAAAUGACAAUAGUAGCGCAAGAACAUUGAGUACUGCAGCUGCAAGCACGUUAAUAACACGCCAAGAGAUCGAGAAUGAAAUGGACUAUUUUCAAAUCCCCGCGCCAACCCACGAACCAAUAACAAUUUCAUAUCCAACAUUAGCCAUCGCGAAACAGCUAGACGCAUUCAUAAACUCCCUAAAAACAUGCUUCACGAGCAUAGCCCAAAACUUUAUCGUCGACAUCAGCAUCAUGUUCUACGAGGAUAAACGACUUCCCCAAGCUAACCUCAAAGAAGUCGACAAUGAGAAUGUGAAGAUGGUGAUUAACGAAUUGGUGUACAAAUUAUUUCACGAUUUUGCACUGGUUGGAUUUGAGAUUCUGGAUCGUUUCGGGCAGGAUAUUGGCGUAUACUUGAUGGAGACCUUGCCAGGGUUGUCAUGGAAAUUGACGAGAGGGUAUUAUGAUAGGCGGUAUUUCGUGUCUUUGAGUACUACGAUUAUUGACCACCAGGGAAUUUUGGAUAAUUCCUGUUUGGCCAAACGAAACAAUGUGUAA